AUGGUGGGUGAACUGCAAGCACUCUCUUUUCUUGUUGCCAUUUCUGGACGGGGCAUGAUAUUGUCAUACCUUCUCAAAUUCGUUGCAAAGACCGAAACGUCUGAUAAUCCCAUUCCCAGGUCUUUUGUUCUGAAGUCGCUAGUCGACUAUGUCGUAUUUUUUUCAGAUAUUGAUUAUUCUGAAUUGCAAAGGAAAUUAGACUCGGAUGAAAUAACAUUAAUUGAUGUCCGUUUGCCCAAAGAACGGUCAGAAGAAGGAAUGAUUCCAAAAUCCAAAAAUAUUGUGUUAGAGGCACUAGGACCUAUUAUAUUGUUUCCUGAUGAGAAGUUUGCAAAGAGAUUUGGGUUCAAGAAACCAGCACUCGAUGAUCCAAUCGUUGUAUCAUGUCUUGGUGGUGUUCGAGCCAGAACUGCUCAGUUGGCCUUGAUGGGAGUAGGUUACAAUAAUGUCAGGGUGUAUGUUGGAUCAUUUGAAGACUGGAUUACAAAAGGCGGCCCUGUUGUUUAUCCUGAACCAGAUUCUUAAUGGUUUGUAUUUUAGCAUAUUUUUACAGGGUUUCAGUAGUUCGUAAUUGUACAUUUGUAUGUUGUACAAAUUUCUGCCUGUGAAAUAUUUUCUCCAUUAAAUAUAUAAAUAUAAAUAGGACAUGAUUAGUAAUUUACGAUAACUAGCCUCCCAAGUGCAGUUUUAAAAAUCAGUUGGUUAAAGAGUGAGAGAGGCAAGUUGUUCAGUUUCGGGAGAUGCUGAAUUUUGUUCAAUGUUAUUUUCAUGAUGUGCUGGCAGGUGCCACACAUUCAGUCCUGAGUAUGGCAUAAUUCUGCAUCAAGUGAAAACAGAGCUUUUACUUUGUGAAUCUUCAACUAAAUUGUGAGCAAUGGUCAUGGGAAAUGAAUGUGAAUGUAUGCAGUAUGACUGCAUUCAAGUAACCGAAGUGUUAAGAACAUUAUGAUGUCUCCCAAAUGCAUUGCCAGCUGCAUAUGAUGGAGUAGCUCAUCCUCCAUCUUUCAAGACUUGGGCUGCACUGAUCAAGCUCAGAAAUACACUUUACUCUUAUACAAAUUGUGGAGUUUUUUUUUAAGAGUUGUUUUGGGAAUAAAGUCGUGGAGCAUAUUGUAACAGAAACCAACAGAUUUGCCAAUCAAUUUCUAAAUGAAUAUGUGGAAAGUUUGCCUAGAAGUUCACAUGCAUCAAAAUGGUAUGAUAAAGAUGUAAAUGAAAUUAAACUAUUUGUUGCUCUACUGAUUUUGCGAGGCAUUAGUUCUAAGUCUUUUUUUUUUUUUUUUUUUUUUUAAGUAAUGUGUGGGCAUAGGUUUGAUGUGAUACAAAAAUAUUUGCAUUUGGUUGAUAAUACUACUAUUGUAGAUGAACCAGGAAGAAAGUUAAUAAGAUCAAACCAUUCACUGAUAUUAUUUUGAAAAAGUUUAUGAACAAUUACAUUCCUAAUAAGAACAUCAGUAAUGAGGAGUCAAUAUUAGGAUGGAAAGGCAAUCUAUCAGGGGCACAACAUGUACCAACUAAAUGUAAGCACGUUGGUAUGAAAUUUUGGGAACUUUGUGAAAGUGCUAUGGGCUAUAUUUAGAACUUUUUCAUUUAUGGGGGUGCAGACAUACCAUACAAUGAAAAAUAUAUGGGUCUUCCUGUGUCUCCUAGAAUUGUUUUCACUCUCAUAAACCCCUCUUUUAGGGAAGGGAUAUUGUUUGUUAAUGGGCAAUUUUUUUUACAAGUUUAGAAUUAGCAGAUGCACUUGAUAAAGACUCAGAUUGCAUUGGAACAUUGAAAAUGUGUACUAAAUAGAAAGGGUGGUCUUAAAACAACAAAAGAAACUAAAUUGAAAAAAGGUGAAAAAAUAGUUGUAUAUCAGAAUAAAUCAAUGGUACUGAGAAGGCUAAGUAGGAUGUAACUGUUCUGAGCAUAUUGCAUGAUAAUUCUAUGAAGAAAGUGAUGACUAGGCAAGGGAUGGAUGUAGUAAAACCAAAAGCAGUGCUAGAUUAUAAUUUACAAAUUCACAAUCUAUCAGGUAGUCUUUUAUGUAAUUUUUCAGCAGCACGAAACAGGCUGAAGAAAUAUUAUUAAGUUUUUAGUCAUAUGUUAGACAUGUUAGUACUAAAUUCUUAUAUAACCUACAUGGUCCUUGGUGGGAAGAUGAUAAAAUGUGAGUCUAUAUUGAGGCUAAAAAAAAAAAAAUUAUAACAGUAUAUGCAGGAUAACUGCCUGGUCAAGCUGUUGCAAUAAGUAGACCCCCAUGUCUUUUAGCAAAACCCUCUUGACUAUUUGGUGGACAUUUUCCUGACUAUUGUCCUCCUAUCCUCCUAAGGAAAGGCCUCUUAGAUCUUGUGCUCAGUGCUGAAAAAACAACAAAAGAAAGUAAAGCUCAUACUACUGUAAAGACUGCGAAGUUGUUUUGUGUGUGGCUGCAUGUUUCAGGGAAUGGCAUACAAAAGAAUAAUCUUUAUCUCUUUUGUUUCAUGCAUGUAAUCUUUGGGAAAUAGAAAUGCAAAAUAGA